AUGACAGCUAUCAGAUUUAUAAUUAAUGCAACGCCAUUAAAUUUUUUCACCUCAGGCGCUAGUGCAGGCGCUAGUACAGGCGCUAGUGCAGGCGCUAGUAAAUACACUAGUAAAGACGCUAGUCCAGGCGCUAGUGCAGGCGCUAGUGCAGGCGCUAGUGCAGGCGCUAGUACAGGCGCUAGUACAGGCGCUAGUUGGCAACAGUAUGUUUCGAAGGGCUCUUUCAUCAAUUGA